GUUGUGCCAUGGAGCCUUACGUGUUAUCGGUAAGAAAAUUGGUAUAGACAACGCAGUACUUUCCCCCUCUCCCCCUACAGCUACUCAGUUUUAGACAUUUUUAAAGAGUCCAGUUUUUUUCUUCUUUUUUUAUUUUUUAUUUUUUUACCAUUUUCCAGCCGAACUGAUCUUUUAUCAGCCGUCUAAACUACGGCGCUCAGACGCUGUUUAAAGACCCACACACAUGGAGGACGCCAGAAUGGCCCGUUGGGUGUUUUGCUAGAAUAAUCCGUAAAGACUUCUCGCUGUAAUGAAGGACCGACUGGGAGAAUUAACUGCUAGCAGGACUCAAGGACAGGACGAUGCUGCUGCAGUCAACCAUGACAGAGACGGCUUCAUGGAGGGCUUUUUCAGAAGGGUGGAAGAAGUUAGGGGACUCAUUGACAAGCUCUCCUACCAAGUGGGAGAAGUGAGAAAGAUACACAGCAUGAUCUUGUCUGCACCCAAUCCAGAUGAUAGGACAAAGGACGAACUUGACACGUUGACUCACAAUAUCAAAGAGAAUGCCAAUGUUGUGCGAGCGAAACUAAAAUCUAUGGAGCAAAGUUUUCCUAAGGAUGACAUUGCUAAUAGGACCUCAGUGGACUACAGGAUCCAGAAAACACAGCACACAGUUCUGUCCAGGAAGUUUGUGGAGGUCAUGACUCAGUACAAUGAGACUCAAGUGUCCUUUAGAGAAAGAAGCAAAGGAAGGAUCCAAAGACAGCUGGAGAUAACUGGAAGAGUUACUACCAGUGAGGAGUUGGAGGACAUGCUAGAGAGCGGAAACCCUUCCAUCUUCACAUCUGAUAUAUUUUCUGAUUCUCAGAUCACGCGACAGGCCUUGAAUGAGAUAGAGUCACGGCACCAGGACAUCAUUCGUCUGGAAUCCAGCAUCAGAGAGCUCCAUACUAUGUUCAUGGACAUGGCAAUGUUGGUAGAGACUCAGGGGGAUAUGGUCAACAACAUUGAGAACAACGUUUCCAAUGCAGCUGAAUAUAUUGGCCAUGCAAAAGAAGAGACCAAAAAAGCAGUGAGAUACCAGAGAAAAUCUCGGAGGAAUUACAUUAUCCUUGCCUUUGCUCUGUUGAUCCUGCUUGCUGUUAUCGCACUAAUUGUUGGCCUAUCUGUUGGACUAACCAAACCACCUGUUUGAUGCCUACUCUAUCAUUUACUGAGAAAAUUACCUACCUUGUCGUGUGUGGCGUGGCAAGUUUCAUCCUUUUACUCAUCAUUUUAGUUGCAAUUUUUGAAUGAUGGCUUAUGUACCUGGGAACCAGUUCACAGUAAGCCUACCAAUCAAUUCCAACAGCAUUACAAAGAGCAACUCUAAACCACUACAAGGACUGAGUAUGAGGUGUAUGAGCUACCUGAUCUACCUGACUACUAGUGGUGACAAAAGACCUAAAUAAGCACCGUUGUGAAUAGAUUUUGUCAAGGGCAAUUCUGUACACCCAGAAUAAAGCAUAUUUUAUGUGAUUUUACUUCUGAUACUGUUAGCACUGAUGGGAAAUUAAAGGUGCUAUAUAUGUUAUUCAGCAUCAGCAGCUCAGACCAAACCAAAACAACCCCCCCCCCCUCCCUUUCACGUCCCCUCCCCUCCCCCCUCUCGUCACAUUCUUUCAUUCGGUUGGAAUAUUGAGUUUUACAGUAUAGAGCUAUUUUAUUAACAUUAACAACAUAUUCAUUUUGGUAAGGAGCUAUUGCUUCAAUCUGCCGAGUGACCUAAAUCCAUGUAAUGUAAUUAUUAGCUUGUUAGCUGUCCUGCUAAUGCUAGCUACCUCACAUGCACUAACAUGUACGCACGGUCGAACCGGCUUCCAAAAAAAAGAACAGAGAAGCAGAGGGAGUGUAACUUCGUUCUCUGUUCAGGACGCCAUUACUCCACUAUCUCUUUGCACAGCAAAUAGUUGUUUGCUGCUAUACUAAUGUUCAAAAUCUCAUAUAAAGCACCUUUAAGCAUAAAGUCAGAUGUAAAGUUCUUAUUGCUGCCAUGUCUUUUCACUGAACAACCAGAUAUCACUUUUAGGACUUUUAGGGUUUAUUUGGAAGUAAACUGUUCUUUGCCUGAUCACUUUAACCUAAAUUUUGAAAGAAAUUGUGAAGGUACAAGUAAUCAACUGUUUAAUUUUGUGCGGACUUGUGUGUAUCUUUUAUUCUUUUUUAUAUUUGAUUAUAUUCAUCUAAAUUGAAUGUGAAACUAUUACAGCUCAGCACUCCUUUAGAAAAGGAACUGCAGUUCAUCAUACCCGAAUUAACAGUGGAGGGCCAAUUCACUUGUCUUCAGAUCUGUUGAGGGAAUAAUUGACUAGCAUAUUCAAAUGAAUCAGUUUGGUUUAAUGCUGUCUGUCUGGCAAUAACUCAACAAAGAUGUUUUCUUAUAAUUUGACUCUUUCAUGUCUUCAGGCCCCAAGUGCCUUUUAUAACAUUUUAUUCUGUGACCUUAACUUAUUUCAUUGUAUUUGAUCACAUUUGCAAUUUGUUUGAACUGGAAUAUUUUCUGUAUGAAAUAGAUGCUGUACCUUAGAGGUUAGCUAUGUAAUUCAAAGUGCACACAUUUUAUUAUUUUGAUACAAUACAGUUUGGUUCUUUUUUAUCUUUCAAAUGUUCUUUUUUAAUAUUUCUUUUAAGUUAAAUCUAAUUUUAUUUUAUAUUAAAUUGCAGGAAUGACUCAUAAAAGAAAUAAAAAAAACAGUAAAACUUUGUAAAAUGUAUUAAUUUUUUGUUCCCCAUUCUGAAGACGGGCAUAGUUUAAUCAUUUAAUUACACACUGGGUUCAGGAUUAGUACUAACAAAUCCCAAACAAACCU